CUGUGAACAAACUUAUACACCCAUAUCAUAUGCAUGUGUGUUUGAGCUAGUUUUAUUGUGUUUAUCCGAUAUUUGUGGUCUCUCUUGUGGGUUUCUUUUUGUUACGGUUCAUGACUUUGUUGUGAUUUCUAUUCAUGUUUUGUCUCUUUGUUUGUUCUUUUGCUGUCUUCGUCAUUUGUAUUCUUCUUGAGAUCUCACAUGGGAAGUUUAUUUUAUUUUGCUGUUGUGCAAAACCGGCAUUUGUUGGUGAAGAUCUAAUAACUUGCACAUGAUUUUCUUCUCUAUAUUAGAUGAUGUCAUGAUUUUAUUUGUUGCUGAAUAUAAAUUUGAUCAGGUACUGUUGUAUCUUUUCAAUUAACUAUGUCUGGUGCAUAUAUUAUCUCGGAAUCAAAUUUGUGAUGUGCCUGCAUGGUAAAAAUAAACUUAACUUACAUUGUGGAUUUCAUGUGUUUUUGAAAAAUUGUUUAAUGUUCUUAUUUUUAGUGAUUAUAUACAUAUUUUUGUUUCUAGUGAGAUCUCCUCAGCUUUAAGUUCAGUUAGAGAUGUGCAUAUUUGGGAAUUCGACUUUUUAUGUAUACAUUGUUUUACUGUAUGUGUUCAUGAUCAUAUUAUGUACUUAGUGGCUAAAUAAUCUACAUAUGUAAAGGAAGGGAUUGCAAUGUUGAUCUGAAAUUUUUUUGGGUUCUGCAGAAUUAACUGGAUUUUGAUGAGUUAGGAUUUACAGCACUCAGCGAUGGACUGAGAACGAUGCCAAACCAGCUAUGGUUUGCACUGCUAAUGAUUUACUGGGCUGGAAAGAUUUCCCCAAGGGCCUUAGGGUCCUUCUCCUUGAUGAGGACAGUAGUUCUGCAGCUGAGUUAAGAUCGAAGCUUGAGGAAAUGGAUUAUAUUGUUUCUACAUUCUACAGUGAGAAUGAAGCUUUGUCAGCAAUUACAAGCCAAUCUGAGAGCUUCCAUGUCGCUAUUGUAGAGGUGAGUACAGACAACAGUGAUGGGAGACUCAAGUUCCUAGAAAGUGCAAAAGACUUGCCCACCAUUAUGACUUCAAACAUACACUGCCUCAGCACAAUGAUGAAGUGCAUUGCGCUUGGUGCAGUUGAGUUCCUGAGGAAACCACUUUCCGAGGACAAACUGAAAAAUAUAUGGCAGCAUGUAGUUCGUAAGGCAUUCAAUCACGGAGAAAAAGACCUCUCUGAAUCAUUAAAACCCGUCAAAGAAUCAGUGGUUUCUAUGCUGCAGCUCCAAUUGGAAAACGAAGGAUCAAAGAAUCGAAUCUCAGCUGUACCAGAACAUGUGAUAGCAGUUCAAGAAAGCAACCAGGAGCUGUCAGCAAGCAGUGACAAGUACCCUGCUCCGUCAACCCCACAAUUGAAACAAGGAGUGAGGUUAUUGGAUGAUGGGGAUUGUCUGGAUCAAAUCAACUUCUCAACAGAGAAAGAAAGUGAGGACCAAGAUGGGGAAUGUAAAUCUGUCGAAAUUACUAGUAGCAAUUUAGUUGCUGAAACUACAGUGCACAUGAGUCCAUGUCAAAGAGUGGAGGAGGCUGCUGUUAAAAAGGAGGAUGAAUCAGUUGAUGGUUUUAAGGGUGAUGGUUGUCCUCAAAGUAAAGAUUGUGUGAGCAAUUUUGGUGGUGCUGUGGAAGACUCUAAUAAAACAUCUGGGCCUCAUAAUUCCUCUGAGACUAAAGCUAAUCGGAAGAAGAUGAAAGUAGACUGGACGCCUGAACUGCACAAAAAGUUUGUGCAGGCAGUAGAGCAACUUGGCGUGGAUCAGGCCAUUCCUUCUCGAAUACUAGAACUAAUGAAAGUGGAAGGUUUGACAAGACAUAAUGUGGCAAGUCAUCUCCAGAUGUUUAAUUCUUCAUGGAAGAAAUAUAGGAUGAAUAGGAGACGCAUCUUGCCAAAGGAAGAUGUCCGGAGAUGCCCUCAGCUGAAAGAUUCUUUGCAAAGGGGUUAUUAUCCACAUAAAGGUGCUAUUGCCUUACCUCCAUAUCAUUCCACUCAUACGCUUUCACCCGGUCACAUUUACCCUGCAUGGGGAGCGCCUAGCAACUAUCAAGGCGGUGUCCAGAUAUGGGGCUCACCUUUCUAUCCUGCAUGGCAGGCUACAGACAGUUGGCAUUGGAGGCCUUGUCCUGCAGGGGUGCAAGCCGAUGCAUGGGGCUGCCCGGUGAUGCCACCACAUUACUCACACUAUACAUCCCAUCUUCAAGAUGCUGAUGGUUUUCAGAGCACAGAAAGGAUGCAGAAUAGCUGGAGAAUGCCAAUGAAUUCUUUUGACCUUCAUCCGGCAGAGGAAGUAAUUGACCAGGUUGUGAAGGAAGCAAUUAGCAAGCCAUGGCUUCCCCUGCCCUUGGGACUCAAAUCUCCCUCAACUGAGUGUGUGCUCACUGAGCUCUCUAGACAAGGCAUUUCCACCAUCCCUCCUCAGAUAAAAGGCCGCUCACAUCACAGUUGACGUGGCACCAUGACACUGGGUUCCACUUUGAUCCCUUUGACACCCACAAAGACAAAAGGAAAACAGCAAAAUAGUCCACUAUCUGAUCUGUGAUCUUGUCCAUUGUCACUGUAAGAAAGUGCUGUACUGAUGCUCCCUUAGUGGAGGCUUUUCCACGGUUGAGCAUUGGCAACGUGUGUGGGUUUUGCACCAUAAGGUCUGAUGAUGAUUUUAUUGUUGGGGGGUGGUGGUCGAGUGGUGCCAUCUUGUUGAUGUGCAAUAAUGGAAUUCGGUCAAUAUUGUGCUGGUGCUGUAUAAGGACAUGAAUAAAAUUAACUUUUUAAUCCCCCUUUUUUUUGAUUAGAUUAUGGUAUCGACUUUGGUAUCAUAGUGUAAUUUAUUGGUUGAUUUUGAGUUGAAUAAUUUGUAAUUAUA